CGUCCUCCUUUUUCUCCGACCUCCCUCCCUUCAUCUCUCUCUCUCUCGUCUCUCUCUCUCUCUAUCUAUAUAUCUAUGUGUGUAUAUAUAUAUAUGUAUGUAUAUAUACAGCUGUUCAUAUUAGAGAUAAUUUUCUAUAAACAAGUUCAGAUUUUUUUAUAUUACAAAUGAAGCAAUAAAAACAACAAAAUCAAACCCUCCUUGUUAUUCCCUAUAAGUUCUCUUACCCAACAAAUUUUAACCCUAAAAAGCCUUUUCCUUUGCAGAUUUCCAGAUAGAGAGAGAGAUAUAUAUAUAUACACAUAUAUAUACAUAUAUAUAUAUAUGUAUAUGUCCACAAAUACCUGUAUGCAGAGAUAGAGAAAGAAAGAAUUGAUGAACUAACAAAUUUCAUGUAGAGAAGAAAAGAGGGACUUUUUGGUAAUUUGGGGGCAUAAUUCGAUACAAAGAAGGAGGCAAAUCUUGCAUAUUUCUUCUUAUCCAAUCGUUGAAUCUUUCUUCCUGGUGAUUUGAGGGGAAGAAUUCAAGAAAUCUUGAUUAGGGUUCCCAAAAGUUUUCAUCUUUUGGGUUUGAUUCAAGAAGGAAUGUUGGAAGAGCCAUCCUUUGUGGUUUCCAGGAACUUUAAUUGCAAAAGGGAGAACUCUUGGGGUUUUAUGAGUAAUUGCAGGAUCGAAAAGAUCGAAUCUCACCACGAGAAAAGACCAUUAGAAAUCGGAGACGAUGAGGUUGUUCACGCUAGAAAAAUCUUGAAGCAAUCUAACGGCUACGAAAAUCUUGAUCUUGGAUUAGGGUUUCUUGAUCUUGCCAUAGCCUCGAGUGAACAGUCGGGCGACAACUCCGAUUCGAGUUCCCUGAUCCACGCCAUUGGUCCAGAUAACUCCAUCAGUUGUCUACUCCGAUGCUCAAGAUCUGAUUACGGUUCUUUAGCAUCACUAAACCGCAACUUCCGUAACCUCAUUAGGAGCGGAGAACUUUAUAGAUUAAGAAGGAAGAAUGGCAUCAUCGAACAUUGGGUUUACUUUUCUUGCCAUUUGGUCCAAUGGGAAGCUUUCGAUCCGAUUAAUCAGCAUUGGAUGCAUCUGCCCACAAUGUCUUCAAACACAUGCUUCCAGUUUUCUGAUAAAGAAUCUUUAGCAGUUGGCACUGAGCUACUUGUUUUAGGCAAAGAAGUUCUUGACCAUGUGAUAUAUAAGUAUAGUCUGUUAACAAACUCAUGGUCUUUUGGGCAGCUAAUGAAUGCACCCAGAUGCUUAUUUGGGUCCGCGAGUCUUGGAGAGAUUGCAAUUGUAGCCGGUGGGUCAGACCCGAAUGGGAAGAUCACGAACUCGGCUGAGCUCUACAACAGCGAAACGGGAGCCUGGGAGACGCUUCCGAAUAUGCUUAAACCGAGGAAAAUGUGUUCUGGGGUGUUUAUGGAUAAUAAAUUUUAUGUAAUCGGAGGGGUCGGAGGAAGCGAUAUGAAGGCGUUGACAUGUGGUGAAGAAUAUGAUUUGAGUACAAGGGUAUGGAAGGAAAUCCCCAAUAUGUCACCAGUGAGAACAGGUGGUGCCGCCAACGCCACGACCGCAACCGCCACCGAGGCGCCGCCUCUAGUUGCGGUCGUGGAUAAUGAGCUGUACGCUGCUGACUGCGCAGAUAUGGAAGUGAGGAAGUACGAUAAAGAAAGGAAAGAAUGGGAGACAGUAGGGAGAUUACCCGAAAGGGCGGAUUCGAUGAACGGAUGGGGCAUCGCCUUUCGGGGAUGUGGCGACCGUGUUAUCGUCAUUGGCGGGCCCAGAACCAGUGGGGCCGGGUUUAUCGAAGUGAAUUCGUGGGUCCCGAGAGACGGUCCACCGCGAUGGACCAUGCUUGGCAGGAAACAGUCCAGUAACUUUGUCUACAAUUGUGCAGUAAUGGGGUGCUGAAAAGCUUUGGAGUUGGAUGGUUCUCAUGGGGGAUAUGAUAUGAUUCUUGAUCAACAAAAGUUCCUCUUUUUCUCUCAUCAUUUUUCAUUGAAAAAGAAAAGAUUUUUAUUUGAGAUAAAGAUUUCUUGAAAUUGUCAUCUGUCACAGGGUUAGAGGCUUCUAAUAACACUUAGAUUUUUGUCCAAAAAAAAGGAAUUUGAUAUAUGGUUUUUAAUUUAUCUUGACAUUGCUCAAAGGAGAAAUAAGUCGCAAGAACAUACAAAUUGUAUUAGAUUCACAUAUGAAUAGGGCUUUUUCCUAUUGUUCUUGUACUUAUCUCUUCAUGUUUCUGUUAAUAAUGUGUUCUAAUCCCAUUGUGUUUCUCUUCGUAA